AUGGAUCAAUCAUUGACUCUGAUCGACGCCCAGGUCCACUUUGUGGAAGAGCGCCUGGUACUCGUUCAUAUUCCAUUGGAGCUGUACCCUUAUUUCUUCAAGUCCGUGUUGAGACUGAUCUACGAUGAAAUCGCUCCAUUGGAGGAAGAUCCCAAGGAUGACGAUGAUAAUGAGUCCGCCGAUUUUGAUGAUGGCCCCGAGUACAGGCAGCCGGCAUUUUUGAAUGUUUCCAUCACCCCAGUUGAAGUCUCGGUGAUCUGCCCCAGAGCUCUCGUCGAGAAGUAUUUCGAUCCUACAUUCACCAAGCUUGACCAGUUAGAUAUCCAACUUCGUUCGCGGUUGGUUGUGAGUGACAAUGACUAUAUUGCGAUGCAAGUCCUGGGCCAGGGUCUUGUGGCUGGCAAGCGUGUGCUGGAAUUGACUAGUCCACUUGCGCUGGCAGGAAUCUCUAUCUUCUUCAUUUCAACUUACUUCUCCGACUAUAUCCUCGUUCCAUUUCACAGCAAAGCAAGUGUGAUAUCCACCCUCGAAAGCCGAGGCUUCCAAUUCGAAAAUGCCACAGCGGCCUUUAUCAACACUCCUCUCAGCCCAACAACUCCAUGCGUUGAAAAACAGCUCAGCGAUAUGAUACCCCCUGUCACUCCACCCCCCUCAACGCUCGCCGAGCUCCAAAUCCGCACUUUUGAGAAUCUGCGCAAACGCCAAAUCUCUCCAUUCGUGGAUGAAUCCUUACGCCUCGUCCAAUGCGCCGCCCACCACCAAUACAACAGCGAAGCAAGCUCCAUGUCCAUUCUCCGUGACGCUCUCACCACCGCUCUCCUAGUUGACAAACCACGCUUCCUAUCUCUAACCUUAGCGGCGCUCGACCCCGCCGCAUCCCUCCUCCUAGAAAAGCGGCUACUCCCCCGCUUCGCAAGCCCGACAGCCUCACACCAAAACUACGAAGAUGGCUCAGGCCUCCUCCUAGGCUCAAAAGAAGACUACCUUAUCCCCAUAAUGCUCGACCUACGCGACUUGCCUCUCGAAGCUUCCGGUAUCGUUUGCGGCGUUGCAGGCCGACUCGCAGAAGCAACUGAUAAUCACUCCUUACGUGUUCCGAAUGAGAGCUCGAGUCCUGCCAGCGGUAACUCGAGCAGUAUUAUUGGGUCUGUGACCGAGUUGUUUGAUACAUUCGGGACACGCUUAGCCCUCGGUGGUUUGGACAAAAAUAAACGCCCCACACCAAAUCAGCCCUUGCCCGCGGCUACGCAUCACCUGAAGCCAGACUUGGAUUUAUCAGCUGAUGCGGUGGAGAUAAGUUUCUUGAGUACCGCGCGGGCGGGGACGAUUAUUGUUGGAGAGGAUGAGUUGCGUCGGGCUAUCGAUGCCCUGGAGGCGGAGAAGAUGCAUGAUGAGGUUGUAGGGGGUGAGAAUGCGCAAGUGGAAAGCGAGGAUACCGAGAACACUGCAUAA